GAAACUAUAUAUAAAGCAGGGGUCUGCUAGCUUGGAAUUUGCAAUUUUCCAUACCGUCUUACACGUUCAUGAUUGGAAAGAAACUUCCUUUGACAUGUGUUUUUCCUUUAUUGAAGAACCAGGGGAGGUUCAACUAUAAUCCAAGGUUAAGGCAAAAAGCAUAUAAACUCACUAGAUUGUGUCCUUGAGCUACUCCACUAGCAUUAGCUUUUGUUUCAUCUGUCGCCUUUCUACAGCAUCUCCCUUCCGAAAUCAUCUUAAAAACAAGGUUACAGAGAUUAUUAGCUUGUGAGAAUUGAAUCCUUUUUUCGGUAUCCCCACAAGCUAAAUUGACUUAUUUGCACUCCAAACAAGUGAGGACUUGAUUUGAUACCAUGGCUGAGGAUAAAGCUUUGCAGCUAGCUGAGAGAAAAUGGAAGAUGCCAAUCCUGGUUUUCUUUAGAGAUGCAAGACUAGUUUUCAAGAUGGAUGAACUUGGUUCUGAGAUACUAAGGAUUGCAGUCCCUGCUGCUAUGGCUUUAGCUGCUGAUCCCAUUGCUUCACUAAUUGACACGGCAUUUAUUGGCCAUCUAGGACCAGUGGAAAUAGCUGCUGUAGGAGUUUCAAUUGCCAUCUUCAAUCAAGCAUCAAAGGUUACCAUAUUCCCAUUGGUUAGUAUCACUACUUCAUUUGUUGCUGAGGAAGAUACUGUUCAGAGGGUGAGAAAUGAACCACAAAAAGGGGAGGACUUGGACAAGAAGGAUUCAGCUAAAACCUGUGAAGUGAAAGAGUUGGUGCUAGAAGAUGUCAUGCUUGAGAACUUGGAGAAAGGAUCAGCAACAGACACUGAAAAGAAUAAAGAUUCAAUUCCAGAAGAUGAUUUUAAGGCAACUGCAUGCAAGUCUCCCACUUUUGCUGAAGGCAAAAGUGUCAAGGAAAAACCAAAUAAUAAUAACAAAAAGAAGAAGAAGGGAAGGAGACAUAUCCCUUCAGCCUCAACAGCACUCAUUGUUGGAGGGAUUCUUGGUCUUGUGCAGGCAAUAUUCCUCAUAUUCUGUGCACAACCUCUCCUCAGUAUCAUGGGUGUAAAAUCUAAUUCCCCUAUGUUGACUCCUGCACGGAAGUACUUGACAUUAAGAUCACUAGGUUCUCCUGCAGUUCUUCUGUCUCUGGCCAUGCAAGGAGUCUUCAGAGGAUUUAAAGAUACAAAAACUCCAUUAUAUGCCACUGUUGCUGGAGAUGUAACAAACGUCAUUUUGGAUCCCAUUUUUAUCUUCGUUUGCAAGUUGGGGGUCAGUGGUGCAGCCAUUGCACAUGUUCUUUCCCAGUACUUGAUUUCACUGAUCCUCUUAUGGAGGUUGAUGAAAAAAGUUGAUCUCUUACCACCAAGUCUUAAAGAUUUGCAAUUUGGUCGGUUUCUCAAAAAUGGCUUCCUGUUGUUAGCGAGAGUUAUAGCUGCUACAAUCUGUGUGACCUUAGCAGCAUCAAGGGCUACAAGGCUGGGUUCGACACCUAUGGCUGCAUUCCAAGUCUGCUUACAGGUCUGGUUGACCUCAUCACUUCUUGCUGAUGGCUUGGCUGUUGCUGGACAGGCAAUUAUUGCUUGUGCAUUUGCUGAGAAGGACUACCAGAAGGCAACAACCGCGGCAACCCGGGUUCUUCAGAUGAGUUUUGUUCUUGGCCUGGGGCUGGCUGUUGUUGUUGGAGUAGGUCUGCAUUUUGGGGAUGGAAUUUUUUCAAAAGAUCCUAAUGUUCUUCACAUUAUAAGCAUAGGCAUUCCGUUCGUUGCAGCUACACAACCUAUCAACUCAAUAGCCUUUGUUUUUGAUGGUGUGAACUUUGGAGCAUCUGAUUUUGCAUAUUCUGCAUAUUCCAUGGUCCUUGUAGCUAUAGCAAGCAUUGCAACCAUUUUCAUUCUCUCUAAAACUGGUGGUUUUAUUGGAAUAUGGGUUGCUCUAACCAUCUUUAUGGGGCUACGUACCUUUGCUGGUGUAUGGAGGAAGGGGACCGGAACUGGACCAUGGAGUUUUCUCAGAGGUCGAUUGCUGCCCUAGGAAAAUAUUCCUUAGGAAUUUCUCAGCAAUAUAUAAUCACAUAUUUUCUCUUACCCAUUUUUGCAUUUCCCCUUUUGUUGUCUCUCCCUUAUGGCUUUGGCUUUGAUCUUCAUCUUCUGGACACGCACUAAUAUACAUCUGUAUACUGCUUUCUGCAGUUCUUUAGAUGUUUCCAUCAAGGAUUCACAUGUUAUUAUGUUUAAA